AGACUUGUUAGGCGAUGUUUCCAUUUCAGGCUGUUUGUAAGAGUAAUUUAGGUUGUGGCUGCAAUCUUUGCGCGGCUCCACGCGCAUAAACCAGGCUCUACUUAUACAGAUCAACACCGACUACCAGCUCUGUGCGAAAUGACCGACAUGGACGUGUUUUCUGCUAUGGGCAUUGCUGGAUUCGGGAAAGCUACCAAAAAGCGCGAGCUUGAUCCCAACAGGUUUGACAAAUCGAAACGGGAGGAGGCAGUGCCAAAAGUAGAGGUGAAGCCCUUAAUCCCAGAAUCAGGGCCUAGUAAAUCGUCUACUCGGGCGCCGUCUCCAUCUGACGAGGACUCGGAUGACCCCGGACCUCCCCUCCCACCAGUAGGCUUUUUCAAACACAAUGCUGAUGGCGUAGGCGACGACGACAACGAAGACGAUGAUGCUGAUUCUUCCGUUGACGAGCCCGAAUACGACCCCAGCGCUCCUUCACUAUCGGGACUCGAGUUCCCGAUCACACACGAGGCAACGCUCAAAGAGCACACCAAGGUGAUUUCCGCACUUACCCUGGAUCCAAGCGGUGCACGUGUUUUGAGCGGUUCGCAUGACUAUGAUUGUAAAUUGUGGGAUUUUGGUGGAAUGACGACGCAAACGAGGUCCUUCAAGACGUGGGAGCCUGCAGGCAGUUACUAUGUUCACGACCUCAAGUACUCCAACGAUGGUCAGCAGUUCCUCGUAAUUUCAGGAACGCUUCAAGCCAAGCUCUUUGAUCGAGAGGGCGAGGAGAAAGCAACGUUCGUCAAGGGUGAUAUGUAUAUCAGAGACAUGAAGCACACUGCCGGACAUGUAGGAGAACUGUCAAGUUGUGCAUGGCAUCCGAAGGAUAAGCAGUAUUUCAUCACGAGCUCGGCAGACUCGACCAUUAGAAUAUGGGAUGUCGAGAACAAACGGAAACAGAAAUCCGUUAUCGUUGUCAAAUCCAAGGAACGUGGCGCGCGGACUAAAGUGACGACGUGCGCUUACUCUACCGACGGAACACUCGUUGGAGGAGCAUGCCUUGACGGCGCACUGCACAUGUGGCAGGCGUCAUCCAAUUUUGUGAGGCCAAACAUGACCAUUGAGGGCGCACAUACGAAAGGCACAGAUGUUGGAUCGCUGGUAUUUUCCGUUGAUGGGAGAACGGUGCUGACGAGAGGAGGGGACGACACUGUUAAGCGAACAGUGUGGGAUUUACGGGCGUUUAAAAGACCGCUCGCAUCACAUUCAGGAGCUACGACAUUAUACCCUGGCACGAAUGCUGUAUUCAGCCCUGACGAAAAGUAUAUUCUAACCGGAACAGGAGCGUCGGCAAAGGGUGGACGAGGCAAACUAAUAUUGCUUAACCGAGAGAGUCUUAGUACUGUGAAGGAAAUCGACAUGGACACGACACCAGUCAAGGUGGUCUGGCAUUCCAAGAUAAAUCAGAUUAUUGCGGGUCUAGCCAACGGCACGAUUUCAGUACUGUAUUCGCCGAAGACGUCGUUGAAUGGUGCCAAGCUGUUGCUGUCGAAGGGAGCACCGAAGCGACCGACGGUGGAGGAUUUGUCGGACGCACUCGCUGCACCAACAAUCCUGACGCCGCAUGCAUUACCGAUGUUCAAAGAUGGAGAGGGGUUAGUGAAGGGGAUGAAAAGGAAGCGGGAAAAGGACCGGAUGGACCCGAGGAAGAGCAGGAGGCCGGAGCUGCCUGUGACAGGACCUGGUCGGGGAGGACGUGUGGGUGCGAGCGCAACGCAACACGUUGUGCAGAAUCUGGUGCGGGAUACGACCCGCGACGAAGAUCCACGAGAGGCCUUGUUGAAGUAUGCGAAGAUGGCGGAGGCGGACCCUCAAUGGACUUCAGCAUGGCGACAAAACCAGCCCAAACCUGUUUUCGCCAACGUCUCAGAGGACGAGGAAGGAGAAGAAGAAAGUCAAACCUUAAUUCCGUUCGCCUAUAAAGACCCAAUGGGUGUCUUCCGAUUCCCCCAAAUCCAAAAUCUCCCUCCUCUGAAAACUCACGCGCCACCCAUGAACGCGACAGAGCACAGCGCGACCAACGAACAACAACAAACUACGAUUCUCAAUGGCGACAACGUUGUCAACGACCUUAAACUUGAUCAUAUGAUUCCAAACGAUAAUCCAAAGUCUGACUCUCUUUCAACUUGCGUAGAAAUUUCAACUCCUCUUGAUCCAGCUUCCAUCCCUAUUCAUCCUCCGAGCGGAACACCACCACCACAGGAAGGCCAAUUGUUGGAGGAUGUAAAGAUGGCAGAGGAGGAGACAACAGUUGAUGACUCAGACGACCCACCAACAACCAAUGGCGUCAAUGGCGUACACUUGACUGAUGCUGAUGGAGACGUUCAAAUGGAGCAGUCUCCUACUACCAAUGGCCACCCAAAUGACAUCCCGCGUCUCUCUUCGCUAGCUGCUGUGGACUCGGCUGGCCCACCAACAUCACGUGCUACUUCCAACUUCGAUUCUCCUCAACAGCGCUCUGACCCCGUCGAUGACGAUGAUGAAGCUAGACCGCCCCCAGCUAAGCGCGCGCGCAAGUAUUCGGACGCCGAUCAAGCAUCUAUCGCCAAUGUAAGUCCCUUUGUCCUCGUGCGCCUGUACAGGCGUGCUAACUCCCUUCCAACCCUGAAGACUGGCUCUCCCCCUCCCAUUACAGCGUCAUCUGUGCAAACUAAUGGCGACACCAUCGUAUCGAGUCCAACCCCAGUGCCAACACCUGUGGGUACCGGUAUAUCGACACUCAGCCCUGUGCAACACAGAUUCUGUUUGUCGACAAUACGCUCGCUCAAGAAACUCAAGGACGCUUCCGCAUUCUUGCAUCCUGUCGAUUCUGUUGCUCUCAAUAUUCCCCAUUACCCGAGCAUCAUUAAGAACCCGAUGGACUUUGGUACCAUUGAGCGCAAGCUCAAUGCAUCUAAUCCCGCCAAGCCCGAUCCCAGUCCCAACAGUCAACGCUAUUACAGCGCUGAGGAGUUCGUCUCCGACGUGCGGCUGGUGUUCAGUAAUUGCAUCACGUUUAAUGGCCCGGACCAUGUGAUAUCUCAGGCAGGGAAACAUAUCGAGUCUGUCUUUGAUAAGCAGAUAAAGCAGCUUCCACCUCCAGCCGAGCCGAAGCCUCCUGUGAUCAAGAAAGUUGCAACGCCUCCUCCCCCACCACCCCCAGCUCCUUCCAAGAAAGCCGCAGCAGCACCUGUCCGCCGUCCUUCCACCUCGGUUCCUGUCAUCCGGCGUAAUGAGGCCGAGCAGGCAUCUGCACGGCCGAAACGUGAAAUUCAUCCACCACCUCCGAAAGACUUGCCCUAUGCCGACGUGCCGAAAAAGAUGCGCAAGGCAAAGGUUCCAAAGGAUGAUGGUACAGCGGAGCAGCUCAAGUAUUGCGGCAAGAUCUUGAUUGAUCUGCAGCGAAAGCAGCACGCGACGAUCGCGUCUCCGUUCUACGAGCCUGUCGAUGCGGUUAAGCUUGAUAUCCCGACAUAUUACAAGGUCAUCAAGAAGCCCAUGGACAUGUCGACCAUGAGGAAGAAGCUCGAGGGUGGAGAGUACCCCAAUGCGUCCAGGUUCUUUGAUGAUUUCAAACUCAUGAUUCGGAACUGCUUCACGUUCAAUCCUGCUGGGACACCCGUCAAUCAAGCAGGAAUCGAGUUGCAGCGGUUGUUUGAUGAGAAGUGGAGGAAUCUGCCACCCCUUCGGGAAGCAAGUGAUGAGGAGGAGGAAGAGUAUGAGGAUGAAGAGUCAGAGGAGGACCGUAACCGUGGGUGGACCUCGUACAUCCAGUGUGUCCGCUUACUGAUGUACUGUAUAUACACAGGCAGGAUCGCCAACAUGGAGGCUCAAAUCGAGUCGAUGCGCGGUAAUCUCAUGGCUUUGAAGGCUAAGCCGGCCAAGGAGAAGAAGAAAAAGGAAAAGAAAGAGAAGGCUCCCGUCGCUUCUACCUCCAAGGCUGCAGCAUCACGCGCACCCAAGGCAGCACCUGCGACCAACGGGAACAAGCGUAAGGCCACAAAGAAGCCCGUGGGCGAGGACGACGUUCUAUCCUUUGAGCAGAAGAAGGACUUGAGCGAGGCCAUCACCAGUCUCGAUGGGGUUAAGCUUGAGAAGGUCAUUCAAAUCAUCCAUGAGGGUGUCCCUGAAAUCCGUGAUAGCACUGAGGAGAUCGAACUCGAGAUCGACAUACUACCACCACACGUUCUCACAAAGCUGUACAACUUUGUGCUUCGACCUCUGCGGCAGCCAACGCAGAAACGCAAUCGAACUGGCAAGGGCACGGGGACCGGUGGCCUCAAACGGAAGAGCAUGGACGAGACUGCUGAAGCCGAGAAGAUCCGCAAACUGGAGGAGCGGAUGCGCCUGUUCGAGGACCCCGCUGCAUCAGUUUCCAACGCCGCACCUACGCUAGCUCGCCAGAACGAUAGCGAUCAUUCAUCGGACUCUUCUUCAGACGACAGCUUCGGGCAGCGAGUCGGAGUAACUUCUCUUUUCUGCCCCUGCGAUGUCGCUUGUUAUCUCCGCUUAUUGUCCUCUUUUAAUUGCGACUGUCCCUCUUGA